AUGUCACUGGCAAGAGAAAGCUCAGAGACAAUGUAUCUAUCUUUGGUAUCCAUGGGAGCAUCUAUGGGAGCAGUAACAAAACAGACCCUGUUCCCUCCUCUCAUGCCUGCAGGGCGACCUUUUCGUGUGUCAAAUGCCUCCCGAAGCAGCCGGAAGGGAAUUGUUGCAAGCAGUCUGCAAGAGCUCAUCAGCAAGACUUUGGAUGCCUUCCUUAUAUCUGCUGGAAUAGUUACUCUGGUUUUGGAGGAAGAUGGAACGGUUGUAGACACAGAAGAGUUCUUCAAUUCCCUGGAUGACAAUACACACUUCAUGAUUCUGGAAAAAGGACAGAAAUGGACACAAAUGAGAAAUGCGGUUGCCACUGUAAGACAAAAGAAGAAAAUGGGAGUAGCAAACAUCACAUUUGAUCUGUACAAGCUGAACCCUAAGGAUUUUAUUGGCUGUCUAAACAUCAAGGCGACCUUCUAUGAGAUCUACUCUAUCUCAUAUGAUAUCAAGUGUAUGGGAGCAAAAAGCAUAUUGCGGAAAGUGCUUCAGCUAAUAUCUCAUGCAGCACAGAUAACUGGACAGUUUCUUCUCUAUACUGGAACAUAUAUGUUGCAGUUGAUGGGUGAAUAUGAUGAAGAUGGCACGUGUACAAGAUCAAGGCGGGAAUAG